AUGCUAUCAUUAAUUGAUGUUGAGAGAUUCUUGGCAAACGUUACUCUUUCCGAGUUGCAAAGCCUAGACGUCGACAGUUUCCCAAUGCUAAUGGCAGCGUGCUUGAAGUUCUUAGCGAUGUUUGCUAGUCAUAUGCCAAAGCCGUUUACGAUUCAGCUGUUCCCGGAGCUGGUCUGUUUCCUUGGAGCAGAGUCAAACGUGGUGCACUCAUACGCUGCUCUCUGCAUUGAGAAGCUUUUGCUAGUGAAGGAAGAAGGUGGGAACUGUAGGUAUGUCGCUGGUGACAUAAGUCCCUUUUUGGUGCAGUUGAUGACGUACCUGUUUGCUGCACUCAAGUCUCCAGAAUCCGAGGAGAAUCAUUAUCUUAUGAGGUGUAUGAUGGUGGUUCUUGGUGUUGCUGAAAUCAGUGGUGAGGUUUCUAGGCCUUGCAUCAAGGGUUUGGCAGAUAUCUCAGUGAAGUUUGCAGAAAUUCUAGAAACCCCAUUUUUAACCACUACCUCAUUGAGUCUGUGGCUGUACUUGUUCGACGUGGAUGCGAACGCGAUGUUUCUCUCUUACCUGCAUUUGAAACAAGUCUUUUACCGAGCCUCUACAUGA